ACCUCAAAUUUGACACAAGAAAAAAUAUUUCUCUCUGCGAUUAUUGUUUUUUAGUCAUUUUUCUUAUUUUCAGUAUAUUUAAAGAAAACAAGUGUUUCCAUUCGUAAAAAAUGGAAAAUAAUUGUGAUUUAAUAAAAACGAUCGAAGACGAUCAGGAAGUUUCGGAUUAUUCGGAACCUUCAGACGAAGAAGACGAUUUUCAGCCGAGAAAACAAAAGAAAAAGGAGCGCAAAGAUUUUGAAAAUGAUUUUCAAUUUAUAAAUAGCGUUUCUGAAUAUAAUGAAGAUCCAUGGAAUGAUUUAAGUAAAUAUAUCAAGAGAAAGGCAAAAACGAAACUCGAUGAUAAGAUUAAAAAGGCCCGUUUAGAACGACAAAACGAAACAAACGAUGAUGAUCCAGAGGUAAAAGAAGUUAAUGACGAUGCAAUUUAUCUUUCGGACGAGGAUUUGAAAAAAGAUGUCUUUAAAACAAAGGAAAAGAAAGGGAAAAAAUUCGUGAAAGAAAAAGAUAAGGAAUUAAUGGAUUUCGAGGAAUGUUCCAAUUACGAUACAUCUGCCACGUUUUAUCAGAUGAAUCUCUCGCGACCUUUAAUGAAGGCGGCGGCGUCAAUGAAUUUCAUUCAUCCGACGCCAAUUCAAGCGGCGACGAUUCCAGUGGCACUGAUGGGCCGCGAUAUUUGCGGUUGUGCCGCAACGGGAACGGGAAAAACCGCGGCCUAUAUGCUGCCAACAUUGGAGCGAUUACUUUACAGGCCAGUCGAGGGAAUGGCGGUAACGCGAGUUCUCGUACUCGUUCCCACACGUGAAUUGGGCGUUCAAGUUUAUCAGGUCACCAAGCAACUCUCUCAACAUACGACAAUUGAAAUUGGAUUGUCCGUUGGUGGUCUCGAUCUUAAAGUACAGGAAUCAGUUUUGAGGAAAAAUCCCGAUAUUGUGAUUGCGACUCCAGGUCGUUUAAUUGAUCAUUUAGCAAAUACGCCGUCGUUUUCUCUCGACACGAUUGAGGUUUUAAUUUUAGACGAAGCCGACAGAAUGUUGGACGAAUAUUUUGCGGAGCAAAUGAAACAUAUUGUGAAACAAUGCUCGCGGACACGGCAAACGAUCCUCUUCUCGGCGACAAUGACCGAGGAAGUUAAGGAUUUGGCCGCCGUUUCCUUGGAUCGUCCAGUUAAAGUUUUCGUCGACAGCAAUCAAGACGUGGCGUUUAAUUUGAGACAGGAAUUUAUUCGAAUCCGAAAAGAGAGAGAAAGAGAUCGUGAGGCAAUUCUAGCGGCUUUAAUUUGUCGAACUUUUCACGAUCACGCGAUGGUAUUUGUUCAGACAAAAACACAAGCUCAUCGGCUUCAUAUUCUACUCGGAUUAUUGGGAGUCAAUGUCGGCGAAUUGCACGGAAAUCUAACGCAGCCUCAACGUUUGGAGAAUUUACGCAAAUUCAAAGACGAGGAAAUUGACGUUUUAAUAGCGACAGACGUCGCUGCUCGUGGUUUGGAUAUUAGUGGCGUUAAAACUGUCAUUAAUUUCGUUAUGCCCGCAACUUUACAACACUACAUUCAUCGAGUUGGACGAACAGCGAGAGCGGGACGCGCCGGUGUGUCGGUUUCAUUGGCCGGCGAGCAGGAGCGAUCACUCGUCAAGGAUGUGAUAAAACACGCGCGAAAUCCAGUGAAAAAUCGCAUAAUUCCACCCGAUAUCAUUGAGAAAUAUUACAAGAAAUUGGAAUCGUUCGCCGACGAUGUGACGCGUAUUUUAGACGAGGAGAAGCACGAGAGGGAACUCGCGAAAUUGGAGAAUCAAGCGAAUAGAGUUGAGAAUUUAUUGAAGGGCGACGAGAAUCAGUCGCGCACUUGGUUCCAAACCAAAAAGGAACGAAAGGACGAGAAAGAAAGAUUGCAAUUGACGGAAAAGAAAAAACCUCCGCAAAAAGCGAAGGAGAAGGAGAAGAAUUCAAAGGAAAAGGAAAAGGGAAACGCCAAGGAGAAGAAGAACAAGAAAAACGAACCAGUAGACGAAGCAGAGGAGCGAGUUAAUAAGGAAUUAGAAAAAGUUGCCGCCUAUCAAGCGCGAGUCGCGAAACGAAUGAAUAGACAGAAGAAAAUUCGCACCGUUGUUGAAAAUUACAGUAAUCCAAUGGAUAAGAAAAAUUUGAAGAGAAAAGCGAAAUCAUCAUUUGUUGAUGAUUUAACCGACACAAGUCGCAAGGGAGUUAAACGAAUGCGAUACGAAGCAAAUAAAAAGAGUCCGAGAAGUUUUCCCGGCGGCAAGAAAGGAGGACAGAAGAAAAAUGAUAAAUUUUCAUCAUCGAGGGGAGGAAAGGGUCCAAAACGAUCAUUUGGAAAACGUUGAAGUGAAAGGAAAAAAUAAACCCGAAAAUAACUUUAAUACAAACAAAAAAAAAGGAAAUAA